GAUCUUACAUCUCAUACAAUACUGCGAAUAUACAUUUCUUGUCACAAUAUCUUUUCCGAUGCUUUUGGAUACAUACUCAUAUAUAAAAUCAUGAAUGUCUUUUGAUGCAAGUUUUAUUUAUCACUUAUUCUCAUAUUCAAAAUACAUAUUUCCCUAUUCUUAACAGUCGGUCCAAUACAUCUGCUUCCAGAGAGCCACCAUAUCACCCCCGCGCCGCAUAUAUACGGGUUCUACCCCGCCAGUCAUCAUUUGUAUUUACACAAAGAAACCUGCCUCUCAUCUCGUUUCGCAUACUCAGCCCUCGAAGUUACGUUCUAUUUCUCGACGUUUCGAUCUCUGAAUCGGAAGGUUGAUUGUGCAACGAUUGUAUAUUUAAGAAAUACCCCUAGUCCGAGGUUGCCUUCGAGUCAGUUUGAAAGUUUGGACUUUUUGAAGUGCAGAUAGUACGAGGUAGAUCGAGUUUGUGUCCCAGAUCACUCGAAGAAAGAUGAAAAUUAUCUCCCUGCUCGUAGUCUUGAGUUUCUUGCCAGUCAUUAUUGCUUUGUUAUUUUUGGCGCCUACUCCGGUUCUCGCGGCUACAACCACUAUUUCUGCAUCGCCAUCACUAUCAUCCACUCCAUUCUUGAUUCGGAAAGAUUGGAGGAAUGGAAAUCCUCGAGAGGGAUUUCAAGCUUCUAGACCGAGCGAAACAAGUGAAGAAGACCCUUCAAUCACAGCCGCGCCCAGUGCAGAAGAAAUUCAACUUCAGGAAAAAUAUCAUCUGACUACGUAUUGGAGUUGUGUUACGUUGCAGACUUUUGUUCAUUGCGGAUGGCAUGAACCUAUUCUUGCGGGAGGAACAGAGAUUGCGGGUGCUUCCUGCGGAUUGUGUAAUGCUGGGAGAGUGGCUUUGGUGGCGGCGGGAGCUGUGGUAGUUGCUGGCGUUCUGUGAUGAGAGAUGAGGGCCAGUAUUAGAUUGUGGUGGAUUUGUAGUAGACGGUUGGUAUUUGGAGGGAAGUGGAUGUGGAAGUAGAGGCGAGAUUGUCAUAGAGAUGCGGUGCUGAAUAUAUCAUCGGAAAAUCUUGGUUGUGUGAGUUAAUGGGAGGUUUGUUACAUGGGUGGAUUACUGACCUGCAAUGGAGUCAUAUUAUCCUUAAAUAAAUGGCUGAUUAGAUAUUAUAUAUACA